AUGAGUUUCCUUGUCUGUGUGUCAGUGAGCAGCGGUGCGCGAUGACGAACUAAACCUAAUUUAAGCGAAUAUAAUAAAUCCAGUGACCCGUUUCACGGUUUCGGAUGUUUCACUAACUGACGGACUCGUCUGUGAUGUGGUAAUCCAGCCGCUGGACGUGACUUCGUCAGCGCCAGUGUAAUUUGCUGCUGUGUGUUGGUUCCGGUGGUGUGUUUGCUGAUGAUGACCGCGGAGCUGCUGCUGUCUGAUUUGGACAGCCGCUUCUGCGCUGAUAACUUGCUGACCAGCGAGGACUGGGAUGCUUGUCUUUAUCAGUGUGAGGAUAUGGAGGAGGGGGAUGACACUCAUUUCAUAGGAGAAAUGAAAUAUGACACAUUGUUGGACAGUGAUCUUGUUCUCACCCUUGACCCUGAUAACCCCACAUCACCAUGGAAGAACCUAGACAACAACUUCACAGAUGAAAUAUCAGUCACAAAAGGUGAAAUGACAAUAACACAGCCUCUACCAGUGGACAUGUUUUUCCAGGUGAAGACAGAACCUCCAUCACCAGCAUCAUCUCUGACAUCUGACAGCUCCAUACCGUCAUUACCUGAACAUCAGGUGACGGUGAAAGGCGAGAACCCCCCCACUCCUCCGUACAUGUAUGGAGACGUGCUGCUGCCGCCGCUGGCCAGCAUGGAGGUGACCGUAGCGAACACCACUCCACAGCAUCAGCCUCCACUUCCUGUCCCACUACAGACUCGCACACUCAACGGCCUCGACACACAAACCACAGUUCUGUCUUCAGCGGCGACGUUAAAAGCCAACAGCAUUCUGAGCAGUAAACCUCUGAUACAGCCCAAACCCGUGUGUGUGGCUGCACUGCCUGUGACUCAAAGCUCGAGUCCAGCUAAAGCCCUCAUCCUGCAGAGCGUCCCGUUACCUGUACCUGUCCCUGCCAUCGACCAAAACACGACACCUGUGGUACUGUCUCAGUCAGUGUGUCUGGGUUCCGCUCCUGCUAUUGUUAAAAUGGAGCCGUUAUCUCCCAGCAUGCCUCACUGCACGAGCCCAUCAGCCCCGCCCCCCAGUAAACCCAUAAUCCCAGCGGCUGUGCUGCCUGCCAACAACUGCACUGAUAUUGAUAUGAAGGUUCUGAAGAGGCAGCAGCGGAUGAUAAAGAACCGAGAAUCGGCCUGUCAGAGCCGCAAGAAGAAGAAAGAGUACUUGCAGAAUCUCGAGGCGCAGCUGCGAGAAGCGCAGCAAGAGAACGAGCAACUGCGCAAAGAGAAUCAAGCUCUGCGACUGCGACUCGCUGGCAAAGAGGCGAGUGUAUCAGGGAACAAUAAGAGAGCUGUUUGUGUGAUGGCUUUGUUUCUCUUCAUCACCUUUACCUUUGGCCCUGUCAGUCUUAAAGACAGGACGCUGGACUCUGGGUUAGAGGAAGCAGCCGUUCCGCUCACAGGACGCCAUCUGCUGGAGUUUGAGAACGCACAAGAGAUGAGCGACAAACCUGUGAAUGAGAAAGCCACUGAGGAGAGGAUCAACCGAGAGGACCGAUGGAGGAGAGGAGACCUGGAGAAAGAGUCUGCACUGUCCUAUCAGUUCAGGAAUCAGAGCGGUGUGUUCAGUGAUGUCAAAGAUCUGCUGCUGCAGGAUAUCGAUCGAUACUUCUCCUCACCGGACUGCCGGCAGUUCAACCGCUCCGAGUCCCUCAGGUUGGCUGAUGAGCUGCGUGGGUGGGUUCAUCGGCAUCAAAACAACCGCAAGUCUGAUGGAAAACCCAAGCUAGCGAAGAAGACUAAAAUAGCUCAGAAAGCUCAGCACAGGAAGACAAACUUCUCCAGAUACCUGCCGAUUCAGACCCAUCGCUCCAUUGAAAGUCAGCUGCAGGUGUUGCCUGGACCAGAGAUCAGUUACAGUGAUUUUCUCGAUGCUAUUGAUCGUCGUGAGGACACUUUUUAUGUCGUGUCCUUCAGACGGGAUCACCUGCUGUUACCUGCGAUCAGCCACAAUAAAACCUCUCGACCCAAAAUGUCUCUGGUCAUGCCUGCGAUGGCCAUCAAUGAUUCGGUGUAUAACUCAUCCCAGGUUGGUUAUGAGAUGAUGAUGCAGGUGGACUGUGAGGUCAUGGACACCAGGAUCAUCCCAAUCAAGUCCUCUGUAGUCCCGCCCUCUCUCAGAGACCCACCCCCGUCCCCACCCCCUCAUCAUCACCAUGGCAACCACACCUCCCUCCGCAGCCGACACCACCACCACCCCCAUGGCAACGGAGCGUCACCGAGACGGAGGGGAGCGGAUUAUUUCAUCAGUCAGGGUGGACCCGUGUGAGAGGAUAAUUUUAAAUGGAGGGUUUAGAAAAACAGGGAAUUUUUCUAUUAGGAAAAUAUACAUACAUGUCUGUAGAUGAUGAGGAUUCAGGACAUUGUUGCUGCCCUGCAUGGUCCAGUGUGAGACUAUUUUUAUUUCAUCUCCGCAAAUAACGGGAAUAACUUUUAAACUGACUCUCAAAUCCAAUCUGAUCAUGAUUCAACACACGAUGUACAUGGAAAGGAAAUGUAACAGUCCCAAAUGAUGACAUGAUCAUUAUGAUAUUAGUCCAAAUAAUAUAUCAGUAGGUAAAUAAAGCUUUAUUUUCUCCAGCCCAACAUAAACAGUCCAUUGCACUUAUACGGCUUGUAUAGUGUAUUUUCCACUAGUGGACUGCACAGGGGUCAAACUGAAAUGUAUACAUUGACCCUAACUGUUAUCGUUGGUGUGUUAUGUGUUCAGACUCUCUUUUCCUGUAUGCAAUUUAUCAUGUGCUGUCCUUGUUUUUAUAUGUUGUAUUGUUUUAUUUGUUUUUUUGUUUUACAGAUUUUUAUUGAGAUUAUUUAAAGUUGUGCUUAUACCAGGUGCGUGUGUGAUAUAAAUAUUCAUUUGGAUAUAAAACAUAAUUGUGCGUGUAAUCUUGCCCUUCACAGUCAGGCAUUUGUACGUUUUCUUCUCUUUUUUUUUUCUUCAAUUAUGAAACUGCUGGUAGUGAAUGUUCAGUUUUCAGUUUGCAACAGCAAACUUUAUCCAGCGUGACGAUGCAUGUGCCGUCCUGUCAUUAGAGCAUAUGUUGACAUUGAAACAAAGUUUCACAGAAAUGUCUUGUCAACUAUAUCAACGUGUUUGAUAUUUCAGGCCAGAUUUACAAAAUGAUUUAAUUAACAGAAAUGUUUUGUAGAGAGUAAGUGAGAUUGUGAUUAGAUUUAAAAUGAUUUGAGGUUACAAAUCUUCUGGUCUUUUGUAAGAUGAUUUUGAUGAUGUAAAUGUACUCGAUGUGUUGCUGCUUUUGUCACAAACCACUAACAUGAUACAAUAAUCAUCUGGCAGAUGCACAUUUUCUGGAGUUUAGAUUUAUAUUUGAGUUGUUUUCUCAGGCAGUGGUCUUAAGUUCAGAAAGAAAAUUAAAAUUUUCAGGCUGUAUGAAAAAAAUCAUUUAAAAAUGAAGAUGGGAAGGUGUAAUCUGAAAACUCAUAACUGAUUAAAUUACUGUAGAUCACAGGAAAUAUUUCCAUGGAUGCUUCAUUUAAUUGAAAUGUCAUUUGUAUAUAAAGGCUUUAUACUGUGCAACAGGGAUCCAAAACUAAUUUGACCAAAAGCUACCCAAAUGAUACAGUUCAUCAGAGAUAUCUCUUGGUAAACUGUGUCAAGCCUUCACAAGCAAAAGGAUCAAGACCUGCAUCUGGAUGUGAAUGUUGCAUUGUAGAGUCUUUUAUACAAGCAUUUUUAUUUAUUUUUCUGUAAAGUUAUCAUGAUGGGGUGUUUAACUAUUUUUGUUGUUUUAACGGAAGAUAUUUUUGUUUUCCAUGAUGCAUGUGUCCGAAACGUUCCCAUGAUGCACUGCUCUCGCAUGUUUCUGUUAUCUGUGAUGGAGGAAUGAUGUAAAUUUAAAACUGCUUUUUUACUUUUUUAUUUAAAUGAGAUUUAACAAAAAAAAAAACAAACAAACAAAAAAAAGUGUUUAAUUUUCUCUUCCUGACUAUGAGUAUUUUGAACUACUGUCUGCAUUUGUAGAGGAAAAAAUAAAUUUGUUAAAUACUAAUAAAAUCAGCUUGUUGGUUUAGUAUAUAAA